AUGGAUCACGUGUUCGGAGAUCUCGUUGGCAAGAAUAUGUUUUUAUACAUUGACGACGUGGUUGUCUGCGGUGAUACCAAGGAAGAGGUCCUAGCGCUUUUUUUGGAGAAAGUCCUGCAGCGUCAAGACGGGAUCAAGGGGAUCAAGGUCUCGGUAGUUGUGCGGAUCAAGGUACAUAAUAAGUCCGUAAAGAGUGUAACAGAGGCUGCGCCGCGGACGAAUAAGGCUGAACUCCAGAGCUUUGUCGGUUUGGUGGGCUACUUGCGUAGUCUCAUACCGAGGUAUGCGGAACAUACGGCGAGGAUGUGUGAGCUCCUGAAGAACGUCCAGUACGAAUGGAUAGAUGGACUGCAGCUAGACUUCGACGGUCUCAAGCAAGCAGUAACGAAUACCGCAGCGUUACAUGCGUCACGGCCAGGAAAUCGGUACGAAGUAUGCACGGAUGGCUCCGGAGUGGGGAUGGGAGCAGCGCUCAUGCAGGAGCAAGACGGCCAAGAAGUACCCCUGGAGUAUACAAGCCAGCGCGACGGUAGGAUUGUGGAAGCGGCGACGGGUCGAGGCUACAUACCCGGGGCUCUACGAGAGAAAGUAAUUCGCAGCUUGCACUGCGGACGAGGAGGAGCACAUAUGGGUGUGACAAAGACCGCGAGAAUAGUAGCGCAGUACUUUGUGUGGCCAGGCAUGCCGGCUGACGUGGCAGCCUUUGUGAAGUCUUGCUUGAUAUGCGCUCGACUGAAGCAACCGCGUUCCCCCACGCGUAGAUACGAGAUGGAACACUUGGACACUGCGGCGGCCCUGACCUUCGUGAGUCUCGAUCACAUGGGUCCGAUAACGUACGAGAGUGUUCGCCUGGACCGAAGCUUGGAAUGGUGCCGCGGACAGGAAACAGUUCAGAGGGCGUCAUAA